CACUUAUCAAAAAAAGAAAAAGAAAAAAAGAAGGAAAUCCAAUCCCUCACCUUACUCCAUUUCAUCGAUCUAUCUCACCGAAACUUGGAAACCGGACGACAUGUCAACCGGAGAAACGGUCUGCCGGUCGCCUCUUUACAAGCCUAUCAGCCAACUCACCGAGGAUGAUAUUUCCCAGGUCACUCGCGACGAUUGCCGCUGUUACCUCAAAGAGAAAGGGAUGCGGAGACCGUCGUGGAACAAAUCGCAGGCGCUUCAGCAGGUCAUCUCACUGAAAACUCUUCUUGAAACGACGUCGGAUUCGGAAGCUGCCGAAGCUUCCAAGAAACUUUACAUUCCCUUCCCCGAAAACCCUCCUCGUUCAAACCAGUUGAAUCAAAUAAGAUCUUCACAGUUCGUCUCUGAUUCAACCGUUCUACCGGAUGAAACGACGCAUCGUAGCGGGAUCUCAGUUCCGGUAUCCAUCCCUCGUAUCCGUCCAGAUCCCUCGAAAUUCAAAUUUUCCGGCGAAAAUUCAGUUCGAACCGCCGUAUCUGGAAAUGACUCUGUUUCUCCAAGACUGAAAAAUUCUCAAUGGUCCAGAUCUGUGAGUAUAGCAAAAGAGCCAGCUGGACAGAUGACAAUUUUUUAUUGUGGAGAAGUGAAUGUCUAUGAUAAUAUUCCUGGCUUCAAGGCCGAAGCAAUCUUGCAGUUUGCAGCAAGCCAGGUCCUAUUUCCUCAGGAAACUCUAGUUGAUCAAAGGACUACACCAUUUUCCUUUCCAUGCCAUUUACAGGCUGCAGUGAAGGUGGCAGAAAACUGUCAAUUUCCUCAAGAAGAUAGCAAUGUAUCUUGUGAUGACAGCCUUGAAGGUCCCAUCAACAGGAAUGCAUUGGUGCAAAGAUAUCUUGAGAAAAAGAAAGACAGGUUUAAGAACAAGAGAAAGUUGGCAACAUCUUCAUCUCGUUCCUUAGACGUCUACUCAAAUCAAAUGGGAGAUAAGUUCUCAAAUGAGCAUGUGAAGGAAAGCGAAUCGCAUUCUUCUACACGAGCACGACCACCUCAUGUCUCUUUGGUGAAACUACAUGGGAAAUCAUCCCAAGAUUGCCAGUCUCAGUACUCAUCCUGAUGCCAAAGAUAAAUUCAAAGUACGAUGUUGGAUCAGCAUUCGACAUGAGAUGAUGAAAGAGUGCUGACUGUAUAAUCUUCAUUGUAAGAAUCCGUUGCAUAAUGUUAGACCUGUUGUAUUAGUUGCGGCCAUUAUCAUCAAGUUAAAUGAGGAAUUUAGUUCAGGUUCGAAUCCCCUCUUUUCCAAAUUAGAGAAAAAAGAGUGAUCCUAGUGGAAUCUUGAACCACUACCAUAUUAACUUUUAUUAUGGUUUGUUAGAUGCGUGGCAACUGGGUGGUCGUAAUUUGUAGGUAGCGUAGAUUCCUUUUUGAAUGAUUUAGUAAUGUUAAUCUCUGGUUAUAGAUAAGGGCAAACUU